CCGCCGUGACUCUAAAGCGUGCGUUCCGUGUAGCAUACUGUCUCUUCGUGGCGCUCUCUGCGCUGCGUGCCGUGGCCUGCGCCAGCGCGCUCCUCGGCGCGUCCGCGGUAGCGCUGCGCAGCCGCCCGGAGGAGCAGGACUUCUCUAAGCCAGCACCCGCAGACCUCGAGAGGUGGGCCCACGGCCCGCUCUUCUCCGCGAGCCACUCGCUGUACCACGCGACCGUCAGGAGCCAGGUCCACGAGUACAACCUGACCAUUGCCACGUUUGAUCGCUGGGAGGAUUCAGGGGUUUGGAGCCAGCUGGGGGGCUGA